AUGCAAUCCGUCCUCCAAUCCAUCACCGGCCUCGGCCCAACCCCCGUCCACCCCUCCAACCUGGACGGCAAAGUCGCCAUCGUUACUGGCGGCGCCCUCGGAAUCGGCUUCGAAGUCUCUCGCGCCCUCGCCAACGCCGGCUGCAGAGUGAUUAUGGUCAACCGCAAAGAAGAGCAAGGCGACGACGCCAUCUCCACCAUCAAGUCGGAGUCGCCGAAUGCGCAAGUCGAAUGGAAGGGCUGCGACCUCGGCUCGCUCAAGGAAGUCAGAGAGGUCUUCUCCGACCUUCGAAACUCGCUCGAUCGGUUGGAUUAUUUGGUUUUGUCGGCGGGGAUCAACACUAAUCAGUAUGGGCUUGAUGCCGAUGGGAUUGACAGGCACUUUGGGGUGAACUUUCUGGGGCACUUUUACGCGGUGAAUCAGCUUUGGCCUUUGCUGCGCAAGACGGACAAGGAGCUUGGGGGAAAGCCGAGGGUGGUGUUUGAGGCGAGCGAGAUGCAUAGGGGGGCGCCGAAGAAUGUGCAUUUUGCCAGUUUGGAGGAGAUCAAUGAUGAGAAGUUGGGGCCAACGGAGUUGUAUGCGAGGACGAAGCUUGCCAUGAUUUUGUUUGCAAAGUAUGGGCUUGCCGGGAAGGUGAUUAAGGAGAAUGGAGAUGGGAUUAUUGCUGUUUCGGUGCAUCCUGGGGCGGUCAAUACUGCGAUGCAGCAGCAGUGGAAGGAUGCAUAUCCGGGGAUUACGGGCAAGUUGCUGACGUGGGCGAUGUUGUCGUUUGGGAGGGAUGUGGAGCAGGGUUCUUAUAGUGCGUUGUGGGCAUUGACGAGUCCUAAGAUUGAGGAGGAGAAUAUGAAUGGGUGGUACUUUAAUGAUCCUGAUACGCCGGGGAAGGAGUCGGCGCAGGCUUCGGAUGAGAAGUUGGGGACUGCAUUGUUCGAUUUGUCGGAGAUGAUUAUCAAGGAGAAGGUUGGAGAGGAUGCUCUUGUUGACUGGAAGGAGUGUGCUUAA